GGAGAGGAGAGAGCAGCUGGCUGGGAAACAAUAGUUGGAAUCCAGUCGUGCACGCAGGACCUCAGCCUCUCUGGAUACUUCCGCUCUGUCUGUCUCUGUCUGUAAGACUGCGGUGGAUCCAGACAGCGGGGGAUGGAGCGGUAUUAUGAAGCUUACGACUUGUAUCUGUGCAAUUUGCCAACCUUAAACCUUUUAAAGGAAGUCAGACCCUGAACUUUAGUGGCUGACGAAAAAGCAGAGAAGAUUGACAAAGGGAACAUAUUGGACCAGUUGUGGAGAUGAGGUCGUCCGUGUGUGUGGGCCACCCCUCCGGCCUCCUGCUGGUCUUGGUGUGCUGUCCCCUCUUGGGCCUUGUACAGUCGGCCAGCAGUAACAAAGCCAAAGACCCUCACCUUGGAGAAUCCGACCCACAGAGGUGUAUGAGGCACCACUUCGUAGAGACCAUCACGCACCCCAUCUACAAGUGCAACUCCAAGAUGGUGUUGCUGGCUCGCUGUGAAGGUCACUGCAGCCACACGACUCGUUCGGACCCCCUUAUCUCCUUCAGCUCAGUGCUCAAACAGCCCUUCAAAAGCACCUGCUCCUGCUGCCGUCCACACACGUCCAAGCUGAAGGCCGUGAGACUGCGUUGUAGCGGAGGGACUCGGAUCACCGCCACGUACCGCUACAUCCUGGCCUGCAACUGCGAGGAAUGCAGCUGAGCACGGACUGGCGACCUCACAAGGCUGUCCAAACGGGGCUCCGGCCUUCCACUCUCUAAAGGAUGCUUGUCGCUAUCUUAGAAGUGAUCAUAUUUCCGCCAAACUUUGAAUCCAUCCGUUAAAUUGAUCCACAGCAUUUGGGAUGUCCUCUGAGAACAUGCACUCCACCCUCUCUGCUAUACUAUCAUUUAGAAACUUCAUUGUCUGCUUUCAAUCAAUACAAACCAAAUGCCGUGUUUCCCUGCAGCAAACCAAGGCCAGACAGUACAAAGAAAAAAAAAAAAAUAGAAAACUAGUUCCCAGGGGAGCACUCCUUACUGCAGAGCCCAUUGUAAUUCAUAACACACUCACGGUUCACAGAUCAAGAUUUCAUCGCUAAAUGUUGGCAAAAGUAGUCCAUAAAAUACCACCAAGUAUUUGACAACAAAAACAAGGCUUGUUAAAAAAAGGCGGCAUGAGGAAAAAGAUAAGGAGGACAUGUGGUGGAUCUUUUGAGGGAGCACCUGCGUCGUGUUUGGUUGCACGGUAUAUUUUACAGACUCCACGCUGACU